ACCACUUACCUUAUUUGCUACAUCAAGCGAGAAAAGACUAGAUUACCUGAAAAUUCAGAGCUAUGGCUUGUCAGACCAAAGUGGUGAUGCUUCUUAUUCUUGCCACUGCAGUAACAGCUUUGGCAACCGAUUUUGAUCAGAUUGUGAAAGAAAACAAUGUAAUCAAAGGAAGAUAUUUUGCAAAUUGUCCAUUUGGCUGGGUGCACUAUGAUGGACGCUGCUACUUGUAUCAGGGCACCAAACUGGAUUGGGUUGCUGCUGAGAACCACUGUCUGAGUUUGGAUGCAAACUUGGUCUCAAUACACAGCGAGAAUGAAUAUCAGCUGGUUAAGGCUCUUAUCCGUGCUCAUGGCCACCAGGCGGAUCAUACAUAUAUCGGCCUCAGCGGGUGUCAGAAGGCAUUUAACUUUUUUUGGUCUGAUGGCACCAAAUUGACUUUCACCAAGUGGAAUCCAGGACAACCAGACAAUUAUGGUGGACGAGAGAGCUGUGUGCAUAUAACCAAUCAUGACUAUAAAGACUGGAAUGAUAUUUCUUGUGACCACUCCUAUCCCUUUGUGUGUGCCAAGAGAAGUGGCUGAAUCUCUCCCAGCUGCAUCUCACCAUCUUUAAUACAAUAUCUUUCCUUGUCACUGUUGGAUUAAUAAAAAGCAACUGUGGCAGAUUACCAUAAUUGCAGCAAUAAACAAUUCUAAAAAAACAAACAAA